AUGGGGACGCAUUUGUGCAUAUUCCUCACCUGCAGUUCAUACCUGCUGCACUCGCUAAUCACCUUCCGUUCCCCCUCUCACAGCACCUCCAUUCCCACGAUGGCCUUACCUCCCUUCCCCCUCACUAAGCACCUCUCUUCCCCCUCUUACCUUCCACCCUGCCAGCACCUCCCUUACCGCAUCCGUCCCCCCUUAUUGCUCUACCCGCCUCCGACACCGCCUAUCUCAUCCCGGCCAGCCACUCCCUUCCCCCUCUCCAAUCACCGCCCAUCCCCCACUCACGGCACCUCCUUUCCACCUAUCAGCGCCUUCCUUUCCCGCUCUGUCCACUCCUUCUUUCCCCUAUCAGAGGACCCUCCUUCCCCCCUCUGUCCUCUCCUUCUUUCCCCUAUCAAAGCACCUUCCAUCCCCCCUCUGUCCUCUCCUUCUUUCCCCUAUCGUAGCACAUUCCUUCCCCCCUCUGUCCUCUCCUUCUUUCCCCUAUCAGAGCACCUUCCAUCACCCCUCUGUCCUCUCCUUGUUUCCCCUAUCGUAGCACAUCCCUUCCCCCCUCUGUCCUCUCCUUCUUUCCCCUAUCUGAGCACCUUCCAUCCCCCUCUGUCCUCUCCUUCUUUCCCCUAUCGUAGCACCUUCCAUCCCCCCUCUGUCCUCUCCUUCUUUCCCCUAUCAGAGCACCUUCCUUCCCUCCUCUGUCCUCUCCUUCUUUCCCCUAUCGUAGCACAUUCCUUCCCCCCUCUGUCCUCUCCUUCUUUCUCCUAUCAGAGCACAUUCCUUCCCCCCUCUGUCCUCGCCUCCUUUCCCCCAUCCACCUUCCAUCCGUCCUCUGUCCUCGCCUUCGUUCCCCUAUCAGAGCACCUUCCUUCCCCCCUCUGUCGUCUCCUUCUUUCCCCUAUCAGAGCACCUUCCAUCUCCCCUCGGUCCUCUCCUUCUUUCCCCUAUCGUAGCACAUUCCUUCCCCCCUCUGUCCUCUCCUUCUUUCCCCUAUCAGAGCACCUUCCUUCCCCCCUCUGUCCUCUCCUUCUUUCCCCUAUCAGAGCACCUUCCAUCUCCCCUCUGUCCUCUCCUUCUUUCCCCUAUCGUAGCACAUUCCUUCCCCCCCUCUGUCCUCUCCUUUUCCCUAUCGUAGCACAUUCCUUCGCCCCUCUGUCCUCUCCUUCUUUCCCCUAUCAGAGCACACUCCUUCCCCCCUCUGUCCUCUCCUUCUUUCCCCUAUCAGCACACUCCUUCCCCCCUCUGUCCUCUCCUUCUUUCCCCUAUCGUAGCACAUUCCUUCCCCCCUCUGUCCUCUCCUUCUUUCCCCUGUCGUAG